AAAACCAUCUCCUUAAUACACAGUUUCAAGGAGUCUUCAUUCUUGUAACAUUUCUUAAGUCCAUACAUAUUUUUUGUGUUAUUUUUAUAUAAAAAAGAAAGCUACUAGCAGCAUGUCGAAAAGACGUGAUGACGGUGAUACCAUGACUUAUCCAUCGCCAAAACGGCGGCGUAUAUCCCAAAAUAGCGACUACCUCUCAUUCUUAAGCGAUGAAGUUUUAUUGUGUAUCCUAUCUUACCUACCGAUACCCGCUUUGCUAAAAUGUCAGAGAGUGUCCCGUCGCUUCCACACUUUAGCCGGAGACUCGGAGCUAUGGAAGCGACAGUAUUAUUCUCGAUGGGUACGACCUCGAGCACGUCGCUUAGCGAGAGUGAGACGUGCCACCCCUCAACUUUCGAGGCUUGAAUACUCGCCUAAAGUAUCUACGUGGCUUGACCACAGUCAUCUGGCGAGAGAAGGCAGCAAUACGAAUUGGAAAAAACAAUAUCGCCUUAGACACAACUGGUCCAAGGGGAUAUGCCGUGUAACCGCAGUUGAGUUGCCUCAAUCUCCAAAACCACCAAUUUUGGUACAAUUUUGUGCUGGGCUUGUGUUUGUAGCAGAUUCCGCUCAUGGGCUUAGAGUUUGGCACGCGGACAAUACAAACUCUUGCUUAGCAAGUGUACCUUUCACAAACGUCACCACACAAGCACUUAUAGUACCCACGUCAUUAAAAGCAACUUACUGUUCACAGCAAAAUAUGGCCAGAAUUGCUGUCGGAUUUAAAAGCGGUUGUUUUAGGGUGUAUAACAUGGACAUUAGAGCCUUACGAUUGAAGUUGGGACUCACUUACACUAGUUCCACUGAUCGGGCAAUAACAGGGAUGGCUCUAUCAUUCCCGUAUAUUCUAAUAGUAUCCCAAUGCAGUGUGCUAUCAUUAUUUGGUAUUCAAACCGUCAAUGAGAACUCGGGCCACAACCCCGUCGAAUUGAUGGAGAAGGCCUACCUUCUUGCAACACUCAAAGCCGAAAGCAUGUUGGCCCCCAUGUCAUUGUCUGUGCGCGUUGCAGGCUCGGAAAUCAUAGCUUCUAUAGCGUACAGCUUUUACCACAUCGGUUGUGGCUGGUCCAUAGGGAUACAAGAACUACAUUUCAACAGAGGCGGCCAGCAGAUCAGCUCACGACUCACAACCACAGUGGAUUGUCAAUAUGGUGUGAUACCAUUACGCCCCUCUAGCCGGGCACCAGACGAUCAACAACCUUCACUGAGCAGUGACCUGUAUGGGUGGCCUACUGGGCCAUCAAUUUUACAUCGACAACCUCCAACUUCGAUCUCCUAUUCGCACCCAUACCUCUUGACUUCUCACGCAGACAACACUUUGACUGUCUACCUUGUUGUUUCUACAACAACAAAUCUUCAUGUCAAAGGCGGUCAGAGACUCUGGGGCCACACCACGUCGGUUGCAGCCGUACAAGUCAGUGAUCAUGGUAAAGCAGUAUCUGUUAGUUCCCGUGGUGAUGAGAUUCGAAUAUGGGAACUCGAGCCAUUGAUCUCUUAUUUCGGAACGCAGAGGAUAUUAGAUGAAAAAAGCAUUCAAGUUAGCCCUGAUAGCAAGCAAUGUCGGAAGUAUGAGAACUUCGGUGUAUUAUCAGGACUCUCUCGUUGCGAGGUCAAUGAGGACCAAUCCUCUUCUCCGAAAGGGUCAUACGAAUUGGACAGGAUACGAGGCUGCAUUGGAUUCGAUGAUGAGCGUGUGCUUCUGCUUCGAGAACGGAAUAUCGGAAACCAACUACUAGAAUUCUAUGACUUCACAUGAAUCACUGGGUAGAGCUAAAAGAAUAGGACGGUUUACACCAUCCCAAACAGAAAGAAUCAAAGAGAGAUUUCCUCUAGUAAAACCAAACUUUUAUAAUACUCUGGAGUGAUUGAAGCAGAGUGGUUGGCUCUGGUUUAAUCAAAAGGUGUUCAUCUGAGAACCUUGGGAGGGUGUAUUAUUUAACUGCAUGAAUUGCUCAGAUUGAACUGGGACCCCUAUCAUAUACUACUAGUAAUGCCUCCACGGAUAUAGGGUAAAAAAACCUUCCUCUCUUGGACUACGUUUAAAUAUUUAGUAAACCACUCCGAUGAUUUGGGCUGGUACAGCUUUCCCAAUGGCAUCUCUGCAAAGCCUCCUCACUGCGAGAACGGCCUUCGCUCAGCCAUUCUGUUUCUUUUAAAGACAAUUGGACACCUUACUGGGAAUGAUAAAUGUUAAAUGGAUUGCAACUCAAAAGAUCGUUUCAUAAAUUCCUUGGUCUUGUCCCAAGUACGGCCGGACUUUUGAGAUCCUCAGAUGAAAAGCACCGGUUGCUUUCGGUGAAAUACAACCCUCCGACCAAGCCUUGUUUACCAUUCAGUUGUUUUCUUUUCUGCUGCUUUUCCUUUCCAUUUGAUUUGUGGGAUAAACAAAAGAGGACGAGGGAG